GAGAUUCUGAAGUGCAGGCCAGUGCAGGCUUCGGACCUUGGCAGUAUUCCGUGGGAUUUGGUAGUUGGGAUAGGAUAAGGUGUUUAAAUUUUAGGGCUUGAUCGGUGUCCAGUUUCACAUAAUCAGGUAAAGCCCGCGUUUCAACGUUUCUUGAACGAAUCGUAAAAUGUGGAAAUUUGUAUCACGCGGAAUUCGCGAGUCGUUGGAGCGACGGGCCAACUGUUGGACAAACAUAUACCCACAUACGUCGCAAGAUGGUAGUGGUGGUAGUAAAAGUGAGGUUAACCAAACUUCUAAAGUUCAUAAACAAGUUUCCAUCGAUUAUUCGAUAUCGCGAUACUUCAACAUCUGUCGCGGAUUCGGAGCCGCUGGACCUGACGGCGACAAGAGCCGCGGGUACCGUUGGAAUCCAAAAUAUUCUUGGGUCGAAGCCGUUGAAUGGUCCGGACUCCUCGCAUUGGGCUUGGUGGUGUGCCAGUCGCUUUGUAUUCAUCGAAGAUUUUUCGGUCCUGACCCUGAAGCUGUGUGGCGUAGAAGAAUAUCUCAGGCGCACGAAGUUGGUAUUUCCAAGUUGUUGAAUGGACUUAUGUCCUUUGAACCGCAUCACAUCUUGCCAAUAACCAAUUGCGUAGGAAAUGGGGACCGGAGUGAAGAACGUCAAGAGAGCUCAGAAGACUCUAGUUGUACUUCACAAAAACCUUACGGACCAAUCACCAUUGAAGAGGCCCUUCAGGAUGCAGGGGAUGACUUCACAAGGAUCCAUCGAAUAGUGAUGGGAGAAUUUGAAUUCCAAAUGGGAAUGAAGGCGCUGGAGGAAAAACGCCACAAAGAAGCUGUGAAACACUUUUCUGCCGGUGCUAGCUUGGCAUCUUCAGCUAGUAUGUUUAAUCUUGCUGUAUGCCAUGAGAUGGGACUGGGUACUUCAGUAAACCACAAAGAGGCUGCAAAACGAUAUCGCGCCGCUGCAGAAAAUGGGCAUGCUGAUGCGAUGUACAACUUAGGAGUUUUCCACGCUCAGGGUAGAGGCGGAUUGGAGGUGAACAUGAAGAUGGCACGAAAGCUAUUUACAGAGGCAGCGAAACUGGGUCAGCCUCAGGCUCAGCAUGCAUUGAACUUGGAAAAAUCAACUCAACAAAAAGUCCAUGAGCCGGAAUUUGCAAAUGAUUCUACAAGAUGUUUGCCGAUAGAAAAAACUCAAAUGCACACUAACAAGUCUAGCUAUUUGCCGGUGCAGCUGGUCGGCUUAUGAGAAGCAGAUCUUUUCCUUGCGCAUACGCGUCUGAAUUAUUUGAUGAAGAACGUAGCUGCCUAUGACUUGUUCAGAUCGGAAAUAUUGAGCAGGUGGAGUCACAGUUGUUCAGAAUUAGAUACGUUGCAAAGUGUCUUGGUAUUCUUGGCAUAUGUGUUACCUAGGACUAUCGCAAAAGCAUUAAAGUCCAUUCCUGCGCAGCUAUACAAUGUAUAAAACUGGUAGAGAUAGCAAAAUGGAUAAUCAAAAUCAAUUUUCAACUAAUCAUAUCCCACCAUUUUACGAUAGAUAGAUAUUAGAUAACUGUGUAUGACAUGCUUAAUAUCUGUCAAUCUGAUGCCAUAGAUAUUAGGUGUACAAUAGAUUUGUAAACUUUGUUGCUAAAAUUGUGACUGAAAACCGUUGUAAAUAACUUUCCAAAUUACUAAGUUUGACAAUGAGAUAAUUGUGAGAAGGCGUCUUUACCUGACUGAAUUAUAAUAAUGGUUACGUACUAGAUUUAUGUAAGGGAGUAUUUUCGUAUUUCGUCAUACGUACAAUUCUGUGGCAUAGUAUAUUCUGGUUGAACGAACUGUUUCAUUGCAAGGCCCGAAAAAGAACGAUAUCUAAUUAUAAGGAGAGCGAGAGAGAGAGAAAGAAAACGAGUUUUGGAUUUCUAUACAAGUAUAUAAAAUAAUUUUAUUGUAUUACGUUUAAUUUUUUAUAUUAUGUGUUGAAGAAUAAAACUUAUAUUGUAAAAAUUGUAACUAUGGUCUCUAAUGACAAAAAAUGGUGUACAGUCUACUUUGUACUCAAAUAUUCUGAAACUGAAUUACGAAAAUUAAUCAAAGUGAACGUUUGUAUCUGAUAAAAUUAUUCCGGAUUUUCUGUUAUCGCUUAUCUCC